AUAUGAAUUAUGAAAAGAGAAAUUUGAUAAAAAUGAAAAGUAACGUUUGCCAUUACUGUAUUUCAACUGCAGAUCAAGUUUCACGUAGGUAUAAAUACGUAAACAAGAGAACGAUAUUCAAUCAAAUCGAUUAUACAUUUAUGUGUAUCCCGUCCUAAUAAGGUGACAUCGAAAUGAGAGUUUCGUUCAAGGUAGUAGCCCACUUUCGUUUUCAAAUAUUACGAUAUGUUCAAUCGAAUGAUCUAUAUCUAUCUAUUUAUCUAUGUAUACAUACAUACAUACAUACAUACAUGCAUACAUACAUACAAACAUACAUAUAUACAUACAUACACACACACAUUUAUACUAUGUCGAUAUAUAAUUGUCAUCUAAAUCUACAACAAUCUUCGAUGAUGAUCAUCAUUGAUUCAACGAUUCAACGAUUUAUAUAAAAAAUGUAAAAGAAAAUAUCUUUGCAUGUUAGAUUCGGAUGGAACGUCAACCUGGUUGACGUCCUUCUACGUUUUAUCAGCGCUCUUUAUAUUAUUAUAGUCAGACAUGAAGUUGGGACCUUAUAGUACACGACUAUCGGUGAGUACUUUCGCCGAGUUGGUUACGUAGUGGGGGAGUUGGGACUUGAACCCUGAGACCCCAUGAGCCAUAUAUACUACGGGAGCAUGCAGCUCUCUUGCUACUUGCUGUCAGCUUCUCGACGAUCCCCGUUCUUAACAGGCAACGUUCUUCCACACGUAAAUCGAGAAGGGCAAUUGUGGCGUUGAACGAUAAAGAUGAAGAUCCUGAUCGUAUCAUUAUUGAUAUGCAUCGUGGCAUCAGAACCAGGCUUGUUGAGGGUACCAAAAGUAUACAACGCUGUUAUCACAAGUAAUCAAAAUCUUUCACCGUCGAGAGCUUAUCCAGUGAUACAACCAGUGAUACAUCGUACUGCGAUUGGUUACGUGCCACCAUUUUAUUAUGCUCACGUAGCACCUCAUCUUGCUGGACCAGAGGUGGUACAUCUUCCGCGUACCGAAUCACCGAAUAUUGGAAAUACCGAGAAAGCGGAAGAUGAUGCUUCGAAGGAAUCAGUUACGGAAAAAGACGAAGUUUUGGAUGGAUCUAACGAGAAGAAUAUUGGAGAAGAUUCGAAGAAGAAAAAAGGGAAAGGAAAGAAUGGAGAGGACGAUGUGCCACUUAGCUUUUAUCCGAAUUAUCAAUCGCUCUAUUACGAUCCUUAUUUUUACACUUACAAUGCGUUUAAUCCUCAUCUGAUACCAGGAACAUAUUAUGUCGAUUAUCAACCAUUCGCACCGAUUCCUCCUGUUAUUCCAAAACCAGCAUCGACUGAACGUCUUCAAUCAAGUCAUAGCCGUGAUGAGAAUAAGGAUGGCAUUAGAAGGAAAGAGGGAAAUGAGAGAGAGAAGAUACCAGAUGUACCACCACCACCAGUGCCAACGUCAUCUCCGAAUAACUCGCGUUGAGUUGUUUUAUCGGAUAGAUGAUCGUGUUCUCAAAGUUCCAGUUUAUUAAUUUGUAAAAAAAGAAAAAGAAAAAAAAGAAAAAUGAAGACAAUUUUGAGAACCACCGUGAUUUGAGGAUACAUCAUUCUCGAAGAUCCCUCUUGAGAAACUUUCGAGGCUGACAGAGACUGUACAAAAUACAAUUUGUUCGUAGUUGAA